GCAGAUGGCUGGCGCGGGGCUGCUCCUGGUGCUCCCGGUGCUGCUGGGGGCGGCGGCCGCCGGCGAGACCUCCACCGCCCCCGGGGGCUGGGUGGCCGCCGUGCUGGGGCGCCUCGUGGACGGCCUGGUGCGGCGCUACGAGGCCGAGGAGCGGGGCCGGCGGGUGUGCGGCUCCGAGACCAUCUCCUCGCCUGACCAUCUCCUGUUCCGAAACGGGUUAGACAUCCCGCAGUUCGACAUCGAGGCGCCCGUGUGCUGCGCGGGCUACGAGCGCAACGCCACCACGCUGCGCUGCCAGCCGCGAUGCAGCCAGGGCUGCCCCAACGGCCGCUGCGUGGCGCCCGACUCCUGCCGCUGCCUGCCGCAGUUCGCGCGCAGCCUGGCGGGCCACUGCGUGCCCACCUGCCCCGCCGGCUGCCUGCACGGCCGCUGCUACGGCGAGGAGUGCGUGUGCGACCCGGGACACCGCCCUCACGGCCGCAUCUGCGCGCCGCGCUGCCAGGGCAGCUGCAGGGGCGGCAACUGCACCGCGCCCAACGUCUGCACCUGCAGGAGGGCGGGCUACGUGGUGAAUGCCGAGGGCGACUGCGAGCCCUUCUGCCAGGGCGGCUGUGUGAACGCUCGGUGCUCGGCCCCCAACUUGUGCACGUGCUUGGAAGGCUACAAGAAGCACCCCGGCCAAGGAGCCAGCCCCAACACGUGCGUGCCGGACUGCUUCGACAAGUGCGUGAACGGCUACUGCGCCGGCCCGGGGCGGUGCGUGUGCCAUCCGGGCUACGCCCUCGGCCAGCAGAGGUUCGUCUGCGUGCCUGACUGCCGGCCGCGCUGCGUCAACGCCACCUGCACGGCGCCGGGGGUCUGCACCUGCCAGCCGGGCCACUACAAGGUGGGCGGGGACGGCGGCGGCCAUGUUUGCGCGGGCGUGGCCGGUGGGGGAGGAGCCUGCGGCGACUGCGCCAACGGCCGCUGCUCGGGUGGGAGGUGCGUGUGCUACGACGGCUACGACAGGAACCACACGUCCAAUCGCUGCGUCCCGCGCUGCCCCGCCCCGUGCGGCCACGGCAACUGCUCCGCCCCGAACCUCUGCAGCUGCGACCCGGGCUACGCCUUCGACUUCUACAAGAAGGAGUGUAAGCUGAAGUGCAGCCCGCCCUGCGUGAACGGGGCCUGCGUGGACGGCAACAGCUGCAGCUGUCACCCGGGCUUCGCUCGGGACGCCACCGACUGGACCGGUCGCCGGUGCCUGCCCCUGUGCGACCCGUUCUGCGUCAACGCCGUCUGCUCCAGUCCGAACCAGUGCACCUGCAAGGCAGGGUUCGCCAAGGACCGUCACUCUGGCCUCGAUUACGUCUGCGUGCCGGAUACCGGCCUGAGUCACAGCGCUAUGACUACACGGUCGUACGGGCGAUGACAUGUUUGUACAGGCUCCAUGGUACAUGUUUAUUCGUGUAUACAGUUUACUAAGAACAAAAUGUAUGUACUGCUAUUAUGAAAUAUAGAUUUCUUUUAUGCAUUA